CGAGUAUUGAAAGAAGUGGACAAUGAGCUGAGCAGAGGAGAUGAAAGAGCUGCACUGUCGCUCGUCAAAGAAUUGCAAGGAAAACCUGGCGGCCUUAGGUGUUUCGGCGCCGCACGGCAGAUACCCCAACGACUGUAUUCCUUGGACGAAUUGAAAUUGAAUGGAAUAGAAACCGUGUCUCUUUUAUCACCAGUUGACUCCACACUGGGCUCUAUUGAAAGAAUCUUGCAGUUAGCGGCUAUAUCUGGCUGGAUUGCGGCUUGGAAUAUACUCCAUUUAAAUCCUCAACAGAUUCUCUUCAUCUCUUUGGGACUGAUGUUUUUAUGGACAUUUGAUUCGGUCUCCUUUAAUGGAGGGCUCAGUGCAUUGGUUCUGGACACUAUUGGUCACACCCUCAGCCAAAAGUACCAUAACAGGGUUACUAAGCAUGAAGCAGGGCAUUUCUUGAUCGCCUAUUUGCUAGGAGUCCUUCCUAAGGGUUAUACACUGACAAGUUUGGAAGCUUUCAAGAAGGAAGGAUCACUGAAUGUUCAAGCUGGGACCGCAUUUGUGGACUUUGAGUUCAUCGAGGAGGUCAACAAAGGACAAGUGUCAGCUACAAUGCUGAACAGGUUUUCUUGCAUUGCUCUAGCAGGUGUAGCAACAGAGUAUCUUCUUUUCGGAUGUGCUGAGGGGGGACUUGCAGAUAUUAACCAGGGCUGUGAAUGGCUAAUAAAAAAAAAUCCUCCCGUGACAUUACAGUUAGACAUGCUACUUCGAAGCCUGGGGUUUACACAGAAAAAAACUGAUUCUCAGGUGAGAUGGGCUGUACUGAAUACCAUAAUCAUUUUGCGCCGUCAUGACAAUGCUCUAGCAAAGCUUGCAGAGGUAAUGUCAGAAGGAAGAUCAGUAGGCUCUUGCAUUGACACAAUAGAAGAAAACAUAAGUGAUGAUGGCUGGUAACUCUUCUUAAGGGAAACAUGCUAAUAAUAUGUCGACUAUACAUGUUCUUUGAAUUGCUUGCUUGUAUUCUCACAUCAUCUUUCAGAUCAAUUCUGCAGCUUCUUGUCUGUAUAUAAUUCAUGUAUAAGAGUAUGUUUCAUGCAUGUACGGGUUAGGUGUAAUGUUGAUGACAAGCACCGGUUUCCAAAGUGAAGGUCACGGUUCGAAUCUCAUCCCGAUAGAAAAUUGACAUUACUAUAAAUGCUAUAUAUAGGUUAGACCGUUGGAGC